UUUAUGCCGGAUUUUUAAAAGCGUAUUUUCAAAGUUCUGCGAUUUCCAAAGCGAUUUUUUUCAUAGCUAUCCUCGCAUAUGAAAAGACUUAAGUGUAUUUCAGUCGUUUUCACACAAGUUUCUGGAACAGAUGCUAUUAUGACUGUCUUGAACUACUAGAGUUAUUACUUCUGAAGAUGGGUUUUAUAAUUAAGAUUUGAAUUUUCCGACGGCAGCAAAUACAGAUUGAACUCGUUCACUUAGCUUAAGUUAAAGACACCGAAGUCAUAAAUUACACAAGUCUUCCGGGAAUUGUGGUUUUGAUUGCUUGAUUUAUUAUACAUAUUAUUGUUUUUUUUUUCAAAUCAACUACACUUACCUUUCGACACAGGUUUGCUCACUGAUGUCACUAGCUAAAAUGAAAAGUAUUCUAAUAUCUCAUCACAGUAAGCCUUGCCCCUGAUGGCAUCAGUUCGCGUCAUGAUCAUCGUCUGAAGAGUGUCAAAAUUCUUAGUUUGCUUCUAUUCCCACAUUCUUGAAACCAAAUGGCUUUCAGAACGAACUCUUCGAUCAGACUAAAACAAGCUCUUCAAGCAGGGCUUGGACUGGAACGGGCCUUCUACCAUGAGGUAACGGGAAACAUCAUCGUCCCCGGUCAGGUCCGGGGUAUCGAUCACCUAAGGGACGCUCGGCUGAACAAAGGUCUUGCGUUCAGUGUCGAGGAACGCCAGAAGCUCGGAAUUCACGGUCUACUACCGGCCCGGGUCAAAACCAUGGACGAACAGAUGGAACUGUGCCGGAUGUCACUGUCGCGCUAUAAAGACGACCUAAACAAGUACCUGUACCUGACGGCACUGCAGGAUCGACACGAAAAACUGUUCUUCCGGUUGCUAACCGAAAACGUUGAGACUAUCAUGCCGAUCGUGUACACCCCGACGGUCGGUUUGGCCUGUCAGAAGUUUGGUUUGAUCUACCGACGCCCACGGGGACUGUUUGUGACGAUCAACGAUCGCGGCCAUGUCUGCGAUGUGCUCCGGAAUUGGCCCGAACCGGAUGUACGCGCUAUCGUGGUGACGGACGGGGAACGCAUUCUAGGUUUGGGAGAUUUGGGGGCAUGCGGGAUGGGCAUUCCCGUGGGGAAACUUGCCCUGUAUACGGGACUGGCCAAAAUAAGACCCAAUCAGUGUCUGCCGGUGAUGCUCGAUGUCGGAACCAACAACGAACAGUUCCUGAAUGAUCCACUUUACAUCGGACUGCGACAGAAACGAGUGCAGGGUAAGGAAUAUGAUGAACUGGUUUCGGAAUUUAUGGAGGCCGUUGUGAAGCGGUACGGUCAACGCACGUUGAUUCAAUUUGAGGACUUUGCCAAUCACAAUGCGUUUCGACUUUUGAACAUGUUCCGAAACAGAUAUUGCACGUUUAACGACGAUAUUCAGGGCACGGCAGCAGUCGUAGUUGCAGGGUUGUUCGCAGCCGAAAGAAUGACGGGAAAGAGAAUCUCCGAUCAAACGUUUCUGUUCUUAGGAGCAGGAGGAGCUGCCGUAGGAAUCGCCAGUUUAGUGAUAAAAUCAAUGGAACGCGAAGGCAUUGAUUCUCGAUUGGCAUACGACAAAAUCUGGAUGUUCGAUCAAGAAGGUUUGCUAGUGAAAAGUCGAAUAGACCCCGAUACUGAUUCUCAUCGAGUUUGCUUUGCCAAGGAACAUAACCCAGCGGAAGACUUCACCGAACUUGUGAAGGAAGUUGAACCGUCGGUUUUGAUUGGUGCCUCGGCGGUGGCGGGAGCUUUUACACCGGAGAUCCUUCGAAUCAUGGCCGAAAACAAUGAACGACCUGUGAUCAUGGCACUGUCGAAUCCCACUGCGUUGGCCGAGUGCACUGCUCAGCAAGCUUACGAACAUACCGAGGGACGCUGCCUGUUUGCUUCGGGAUCACCCUUCCCGGAAGUGCAACACAACGGGAGGAUCUACAAAACGGGUCAAGCCAACAACGCUUACAUCUUUCCGGGAGUUGCACUGGGAGUGAUCGUGUCCGGUUCGUACCACAUUCCGGAUGAAAUGUUCCUGGAGGCGGCCAAAGCCCUGGCGAGUCAAAUUUUGGACGAGGAUUUAUCCCAAGGAUCGCUGUAUCCUCCGCUGAGUAAUAUAAAAGAUUGUUCCUUGCAAAUUGCCCUUCAAGUAAGCGAAUAUGCCUAUAAAAAUGGAAUAGCUUCUACCUAUCCGAUACCGACGGACCUGUUGGCCUUCUUAAACUCCCAUCAGUACGAUUUUUACUACAGAAGUGCCCUACCGAUUACUUGGAAGUGGCCAAAAAUCGAUCAAGAAUCAACGUGCCAGCAGCGCGAUAUCAUUUUCCGAUAUAUUCCAGAAAGUCAAUAAAUUUAAUAUUUUUAAUUUUUACUAACCUGACAUAA